AUGGAGGGUGUUCAUGAAACUGUGGAGGAGAUUUUCCGCUCGAUAAAAUUCUGGUUACAACAUGUGUCGUCCAAGCCAAAAAAGGAACAAGCUCUUUCACAGUCGGAAAAAUUGCUUCUUAGACACUUUGAUAUCACUCCAAUGGUGUCCCGCGAGAGACCUUGUCGGAUUGUAAAAUGGGCUAAACCUGCUAUUGGUAGAGUAAAACUUAAUGUAGAUGGAAGUUGUUCAGGCAAUCCAGGAAUGGCUGGUGGUGGUGGGGUUGUUAGGGAUGAUAUGGGCAGGUUGGCUGCAGGUUUUUCGCCCUUUUUUGGAGAUGGUUCAAAUAAUGAAGCGGAAUUGAGGGCGCUUAUGAUGGACUGA